AGUCUUGACUUUCCUGCCAUUACCAUAUGCAACUUCAACGCAGUGAAGCUCAGUUCGAUAGAAUACCUCCCAGAGGAUUUAAGAAAUGAUAUAUUGGGAACCCUCGAAGAUUUAAAAGGUCGGUUUUUAAUAAUAAUAAACGGUGUAACAAUUUCCCAUAUAAAACGCCCUACGUUAAGAAUUUACCAAAAAGGCCCAGGACUUCCACACACCCAGCAAUCUGAAGUGGAGAUGUCAAUCCUUUUCGUGACCGACUCUAGGCUAGUAGAUGUUCUAAACUUUGCAUGGCGCAAGUCUUUGUAGAAUUCGUCGUUUAUAGUGCGAAACAAUGAAAUCUAAUUAAUCUGGACAGGGGUGAUCAAAGCUGGGUUAAGAUAACCCAGCGGGGUAAGUGUGAAAUUUAGAUUCAGAUAUGAAAGCUAUAAAAGAAAAUUCAAUUCAUGAUCAUUAAUCUUUUUGUCUGUAAUUUGAUUUUUGGAUCAAUGGGUAUGAUAAACGCGUGACGUAACAUUUCAACUCGUUUUUUCAGCAUGUCUCAAAACAAGUUAUCAUUUUCGUUACCCGUUUUAACAAAAAAAUGAUGGCAACAAUCAACAAAAUCGCAACAAAAGUUUAAACGAUUAACGCCUCUUUUUAAACUCAAAUCAAUAACAUUAAGUAAACGUUAAGGUACGGAAAAACUGGCGAUAAAAACAUACAACUCGUUCUGCAACAUUGCUGCAAACUGAAAUUAGUUGAAAAACAAUAUGUUGCGUGUUGUACCUCCCACGAAUCAAAGCUGUCUUGCAACAAUUAGGUUGUUACGGGUUACUAAAAGUUGUUGCAGAAAGUAGAGAGUAGUUAUACUUUUUGCAGCAAAAUGUGUACAUGAUGUGAAGUAUAUGAAAUAAUUCAUUUUUGAACUGCGGUUGUAGAUGAAAGUGAAGAAUGAUCAUCGCAGUAAAUUUUCCAAUUUAAGCAACUGGAAAGAAGAAGCCUGAAAAAAAUCAGGGCUUCAACGGGAUUCGAACCCGUGACCUCCGCGUUGCCGGUGCGUUGCUCUACCAACUGAGCUAUGAAGCCACACAUUGGGAGCGAGGUCAAUUUAUUGAGUUCAUAUCUCCCGUGAGGAGUGAAAUGAUGUGAAGUAUAUGAAAUAAUUCAUUUUUGAACUGUGGUUGUAGAUCAAAGUGAAGAAAAUUUUCCAAUUUAAGCAAUUGGAAAGAAGAAGCCUGAAAAAAAAACAAGAAAACAAACAAACAAAAAAAACAUCGUUUUCUACCUCGCUCCCAAUGUGUGGCUUCAUAGCUCAGUUGGUAGAGCAACGCACCGGCCCGGCAACGCGGGGGUCACGGGUUCUUAUCCCGUUGAAGCCCUGAUUUUUUUCAGGCGUCUUCUUUCCAAUUGCUUAAAUUGGAAAAUUUACUGCGAUGAUCAUUCUUCACUUUUCAAAAUGUGUACGUGUUGCGCAUUUUACCGGCCAAGGCAAACUUGCUUGGCAGCAAGUCCCAGCCGUGUAUGGCGUGACUCCUGCGUAAUUUCGUCCAGUCAGUUGUCAGUAUCCAGGCAACUUGCGACAACCUGAUUUUUUGCAAGACAGGUUUGCCGACAGUAGGUGGUAAGAUAUAAUGCGCAACAUCUCGUUCAGGGCCUCUGUACGAGUAAAAUGUUCCAAAACAAGUUGCCCGUUUUUGUUUCUCGUGUUACCGUAGCUUUAACAACGCUUACAUUUAUCAGCAUUGUCAAUGUUCAGAAUGAUAAAAUUAUAAGGAGUGCCUUUAUCGCUGAAAGAGGGAGAGGCACUCAUUUUGGGGUAGUAGAUUCGGAAUUUUUCUCAAUUUGACAGGUGCACCUGCCCGGCGUCGAAAAAGAGCAGCCGGCUUAAUGACGGAUCCCGCAGAGCCAUCUGAAGAGGAAGAAGAAGGCUUUGAAAAUCCCGAUUCACUUGAGGAAGACUUCCGGCGACGAGAGGAGUUGAUUAUGGUUAUGGCAGAAACUGAUGCCGAGGAACUUAUUCCACUGGGACAUGCUUUUGAGGAUUUUGUGUUGAGUUGCACGUACCGUGGAAUACCGUGUGGGUAGGUAGUAAUUGCUUCUUUUUACUUUGUCCCCCCAUGCAUGUAAGAUAACUCUGGAUUCUGGAAUCCGGGAAAAGUUUCGCUAGUGGAGUCCGGAAUCCAAGAAAUUUUUUCUUGUGGGAUCCGGGAUCCUGGGCUUUGGAACUGGGAAUUCAGCUCAAGCGGGAGACCAUGACCUGAAGGGUGCAACUUCUAUACUUGGCUUGUGCAACGGCGUUUUCACAGAUCGGUUUAUUUUUAUCAUUCUGCAACACUUUUUCCUGCGAAAAAAACAUCAUGUUAGAAAACAUCUUCCUGUCUCCGGUUUCAACUGAUGGACUUGUAAGGCUUAUUUUAGAAUCAAAUUCACUGAAAAUCCAUCUAAAAUAAAAUGGAUGCCAUUGCGAGGGCACUAGGAAGCUGCUCACUUCGGCUUAUAGGCUCCUGGCUCAAGACAUCCGGAAUCUGGGAUCCAGACUACAUGGAGUGCACUUUUGUGUACCAUGACACGAAGAGCACAAACAAAAACUUUUUAUGUUUACUUGUUCACUCCUAUUUUGCUUUAUCACAGAAAUUUCACAAGCAGUUAUUGGACUAAUUACUGGCAUUAUUCUUAUGGAAACUGCUACAUCUUCAAUGCUGGAAGAGACAAAAAAGGAAAACCAGUUUCGGUGUUGAAGUCAAACAAACCGGGGCCAUCGCACGGUAAGAUCACAAUACAGGAGUAAUACUAGAGGAACUCUUGCCAACUAAAAUCUGUAAAGUCUAUUUUGAUAAAGGCGAGCCCUUUUAAGCAAUGCGCCGUGUUUUAUUGUCAUUCAUACACGCGGUCUGCGCAGUUCUCGGCGCUAAGUUAAUAAUUUUCCUAAUUGGACUUUUCUUUUCGUUUCAUCUACCCUUGCUAACCAUUUUUUAAAACACACUUGCUUUUUUCUCCAAGGCGUUUUCGUAGAAUUAUAACAAACACACAAGAAUUCAUGAGAAUUUCCGUAUGUAAUGGGGAAUUAGGAGAAUGUAUAGACUGGGCAAAUUUAGGAUAUACAACAAAACUGUUAUUGAUAUUACGUUUUAAGUAGAGUUCAAAAAACUUACAAAGAGACGUAGAGAGUAGGGCGUAGGGAAAAGUUCCACAGAACCCUGAAACGAGGUUGGACUGAAUUGGAAUGGCUAGCGCCCCAUUAAAAGUUUCCUGCUUACUAUGUUGGUAAGAGUCAAAUCCUUAAAUCUUGCCUAGUCUCUGUAAGAAAUUCUCCAAGGCCUUCUCGGUCGAUGCAUUUUUGUAACGUAGCCGAGAUGGAAGGCGAGGAAAUCUCACAAACUCACAAAGACCACGUGACCCGACACAGAAAAACGAGGUCUAAUAUAGGAACAGACAUGCAAGAGAAAACCUGAAACAGGGAUGCUUGCUCACUCUAGUUUAUACUGCUCUAGUGAAUGAUAUGUAAUCAGAGGCCAUUUAUCGCUUGAAGAGUUGCCCGGCUUUAUACGAUAUAGCUGACAAAGAGGGAAAUGCAGACGGUUUUGUUUAUGAAUCCAUUUCAUAGCAGGAAAGUAAAUUUUGCGUCCGAGAAGAGGGAUUUUUGAGUUCUAACUCCUCAAAAUUAGUUGUCUUGGUCAACUCAUAUCACGUAGUGUAUGUGAGCGUAUACCUGUGUAAGAUACAAAACUUCUGUAUUUCCUUAUUCCAGGGUUAGUUCUUGAGCUAAAUAUCCAGCAACAAGAAUAUAUUGGCGCCUUCGCAGAAGAAGCCGGAGUAAGAUUAGACAUUUCAAAUCAAGGCGAGAUGGCGUUUCCUCGCGAAAAGGGACUUAGUGCGCCGCCAGGGUUUGCCACGUCAAUAGGCAUGAGAAAGGUAAUGCUCUAAUUCGAUUUUUUUAGUCUUCUCUUUGUACGCUGUGAGUGUCGGUAAGCUUGCCUGCGACGUAAACUUGGGUCAAAAACAAAACAAUUCCUGAAGUUGACAGCUCAGUAGCAGCUCCACCACUAAUUAGCCAGACGGUGGCUUUGCACUGUUAAUGUUAUAAAUGUCUUAAUUGCACAUUAUUGUUUACGUCCUUAUUCGAGGGCUCCGCACAACGGGCACCACUGCUUCACUUCUGUGUUCAUUAUUUUUAAUUAUUAUUAGUUUCACAUCUUCGUUCGCGUUAAUUUUUGUAUUUUGAGACUAGUGCACUGGAGUUUUCCUAAAUUAACUUCAGUGGCAUUUAAUUAUAGUGAAUUUUCAAGCUUCUGUAGAACUCUUAAGGACCGGUUCAGACGCCGAACUUUUCAUGAGCCGAACCUAAUACUUUGAAUUGGGGGUGUCAGUAAAACGCAGGGUCACGGUUGGCGUCGGAGUCUAUCUUUUUUUUUUUUUAAAGAAUGCUGUUAGGGUUAGGGUUGACACUAAUCCUAACCCUAACCCUAAAACAGCAUUCUUUUAACCCCGACCCCGCGUUUUACUGACACCCUUAAAUUGAGUACAUGAAACGUUCGGCUUCUUAAUCAACUAGGAAACGCCUAUUUCAAUUUAGAACGGCUCAGCCGUUCUUCCCACCUAGCCUGGCCGGGAAUUUUGGCUUUGGAACAGCGGCUUUGAUUCAGACGCCGAACUUUUCAUGUCCCGAAGCUAAUGCAAAAAUUAUAAUUUUUCAAGCAGUUUUACCGAAACGAGCAUUUUUAUGCUUUUGAAUUUUUUCGGCUGGAAUUAAGAUCGGCGUCUGAAUAAAUUCAGCCGAUCUAAAUAAGAUUCGAAUUAAGUUCGGCGUCUUCUGAGCUUGGCCUUCUGAUGUAAUUCGAGUUUGAGCGGAACUGAGUGCUUUUCUACAGUUUCUAGACUUGGCUUGAACGUGAUUUCAUUUUAUUGGCAGGUGGAGAUAAUUAGAGAAGAUCCAUUUAAUAACAAUAGAUGCUAUAAUGAAAAUAAGACGAAGAUGGACGAGGCGAAUCUGUACAAUCGUACCUUCAACGUCGGGUAUUCCAGCUCUGUAAGUAUUUUGCGGAGUUGAAUCGAGUCAGCAGAGUGGGGGUGUUUCGGCCUAAACAGAAUAUUCAAAUAUAGCUGGACAUUUCGAUAGCUCAAAUAGGAAUUUGGGUCCAAAAGAAAAAAAAAGAGCAAAUCUUUAGCAAAGAAUUGAUUGUGGCUGUGUAGAAUUUUUAAGCAGUUUAGUUGACUGAGAUACGGUAACAACGUACUUCAGUAUUUUUCAUUUAGGUCAGGGAACCUGAAAACUGGCCGGUGCGGGUCCACCGGCAUUUCAUUUUCUUAAGUAGAAUACAAAAGUUCCUCUGGGUGUCUACCGAACGGGGCCCACAUGGGAGUUUAGGGUAAACGGCACGCCUUAUUCCACUCAAGUGCCAAGUCAGAAUUACACGGUUUAAGACAUUAGGUAUUGGUAAUAAAACACUCUGGUAUUCACUUAACAUAUGAAUUUCAUUUGAAUUUAUUUUUCUCUGCUUUUGUCUUUACUUAUGCAGGCAUGUAAAGAGUCUUGCCUGGCGUUUAACCAAAGGAAGGAGUGUAAAUGCAUGGAGUACAGGUUUCCUAUUCCCUCUAAUGCGACUCCAGUCUGCGAUAUCCUCAACAAGACGGUUGGUAAGAAUCGAAGAGUUUUGUCGCUCUUAAAAUGUUUGAUCUACCACUCACCUCCACUAAGGUUCAGUGUUCAACAAUGUUCCAAAGGCCUUUCCUUCUCUUCUUUUCGGCAACCUCCCCCCCCCCUCCCCACCUUAGGUCUCUCUCUCUCUUCAGGGGUCCCAUGGGGAGACUGGUGUCAGUUUAGAGUAAACUCACUUAACUGCAGACGAGUAAAGGAGACAGCUGACAGAUGUCGAGUAUCGAUCGAGUAGCCCGCCCCCUUUCCAUGUGCCCCUCGUUUUAAUACAGUCAGCAGAUUCUCUUAGCUAGAACUGGCCCUCUCAUCCUUCAACUCAGCAAAAUAGAUUUAUUCCAGGGUCUAAGGGAGUUCGUUGCCCUUUGGAUGUCAUUCGAUUUGAACAGGAUUCCAAGUUUCUGAUACUUCUUCCUCUCUUUGCUUCUCAGUUAAUUGUUUGAGCAAAGUUCAAAAAGCAUUCAAACGAAAUGAGUUAAACUGCACCAAAUCAUGCCCACCACCAUGCAGGUAAAAAUCUAUACAGCUAUUUCGAGAAAGGUUGUCGGAAAAAAGUGCACGCGACAAUCCCGAAAGGUCAUAUGGGAUAUGAUCAAUACACUGUUUCUGACACUGUAGCUGUCGAACCAACUUUUGAUGCUUCGCUUUAGCACUCGGAAACAUAGUCCAUGGCCUCUCGUGCCAUUUUUUCAAAAUUUCUAUGAAGAGCAGUGAUCUCAAAACCACCCCCAAUACCUUUCGGGAUUGUCGCGUGCACUUUUUCGGACAACCUUUUUGGAAAUAGCUGUAUAUAAUUAGAAUUAAGCAAGCAAUCGACCAAUCAGUCAAAUAACAGUCAAUCAAUCAACAAUCAGUCAAUCAUUAUCCAUUUCCUCCUUUGCAAUAAUCUCCAGUCUGAGGCAUCAGUAAGCAAAUAAUUUCCCCCAUUUCCCCAACCACCCCUGUGAUUUCUGAAUCAAAUUGACACGACAAGUUUGACAUAUAUGCGGAUGCAAUCAGAGACGACAGAAUCAACUGCGCAGGUACACGUUCAAAACGUAAUGUUGGGCGUACUUUUACUUCCAAAUGUAGUCAAAAUAUAGUAGAUAAUUGCACCAUUCAUUAAACAAGGACAUGGACAUUUUUUAAGUCUAGCUAGCUAAUAAGGCCUCUCUUCUAAUAUAUAUUAAGCUCACAAUUCCGUGGAUUUACUGAAGAAAAAUACUCCAGAAGGCUAAAGAUAAUUUGGCGAGUCAUUUAGUCAAUCCGUUGAUCAAAACGGAAGGCAGCAGUCAGAAAACAGAUCGCCUCUAGGCUAUCCCUACAGCUUUGGUGCCGCGUAUAGGAGCAAUUCUUAUGGUGAUUUUAUUCAUAAAUUUUGCAGAGAGAAUGUGUUUAAAUUAACGUCGUCCUUUUCUUCUUGGCCCUCUGAGGCGUACCAGGUUUGUAUGAUAAAGUUUAUCGCCUUGAGAUUUUUUUGUUGAACUGCAAAGUAAAUCCAAAAGUAUGAGUUAAGUCUAUAAAAAAAAUGAAGACUUAAUUUUGAGAUUGAUUUCCAAAACUCUAUCGAUCCGUUUCCGAAAUUCUAUCGAUCUGUUUGUAUGGCCAGUCAAUAAAUUGAUUAAAUAAAUCAAGCUUUCCUCCGUUUACACUACCCCAACUCUCCAAUUCAAAGGGGAAAAAAAUGAAAUGAAUAUUGGCGUGUGACAUCAAAAAAGAAAAGGAAAUUUAUGAGUUCGAACCAAAAUUUGUCCACUGAAAUAGAAGGAUGAAAACUCAUAAGUUUAUAACCAAAAGCCAUGCGCGCUUACCGUUUCACCAUUAUACGGCCUUUUCGGCCGGGAUGUCACUGUUCUGAACAACCUUAUUCGACACAUUACGGUCAAACAUCACCUUUGCAAGGUCCCCAAUCCCUCGUGAUCAUAUCUCGGUUUCUGUCUAUCUUGUUUCCCUUGAAUAUGCUCUAAUUCAAUGAAGUUACUUGCCUUAUUGUUCGUUAGUUUUGUAGAGCCUUUUUUUUCUUUAUUUCCAUUGCAGCCCUAUUAGUAAAAGUUAACAAAGUUUCUUUGUUGCAGGCUUUCUAUGUUGAACAGCUGGCCUCGAAAGGAAUUGAACUAGAAAUUGAAAAUAGAACAAACAAUUUCAGGUAAACUGCAUAAUGUAUUUCCAUUUAUUGAUGUAAAAAUUUGUAACUGUACAAACAGAAUAACACGAUAAAAUCUAAUUUAUUCUUGGGCCCGUUUCAAACGUCGUGCUACUGCCGUGCCGAACUAAAUUGGCCGUUUUUGUACUAAGGACGCAUUAUCCGACUGGACGAACUUGGGCAAACAUUUGUAGUUCGUCUGGUCAUGCGUGUCAGGUGUAAAGACGGGUACAAGCCGCAUUACGCGUCCAGACGAACUUUCCUUCGAAAUACGUCUUGAACGACGCACUACGAAAGGUGGUUCGUCUGGACGCAUAAUGCAUCCGUCUUGUGCCCGUCUUUAUACUAGAGACGCAUAACCCAGACGAACAACAAAAUAUUUUCCCAAGUUUGUCCAGACGGAUAAUGCGUUUUUACUAUAAAAAUGGCCAUUGAUCGAACUAAAUUCGACUUUAGCACGGCAGUAGUUUUACGUUUGAAACCAAGUUGUGCUACUGUCGUGCUACACGGCAGUACCUCGACCUGCAUUGGUUUCAAACGUCGCGCUACCGCCGUGCAGAGCUCAGUUCAUAAAUUAUAAAUACAUCAGAAUACAUUUAAAAGAUUGCUUCACAGUUUCUUUAAUUCUGGCUUUGUUUUUGGCAACAUGAACAGCCGUUCUAUUGGACUGAUUUAAAUUCGACGUCCGAAACCAAGUCGUGCUAGUGUCGUGCUGCAGUCAAGCUACAGUUGAGCCAGCUUAUUUAGCAGGGCAGUAGCACGACAGUUGAAACAGGCCUUUCAGUGCGGACACUCAAACCGGUACACUUGGAAGAAGUUUGUCCAAAUCACAACGUUAUCUGAAAACAAAAGAUUCUCAAUUUUUUUUUUAAACGGACCAAUUCAAAGUAGACAGACUGCAAAUUAUCUUAGUUGCUAAAAAAUAUAUCUACGUGUCGCAACUGUUCAUCAGUAGGAUGCCUAAAAUGCGUGCAAUUCCACAAUUGGUUUCGGCUCCAUUAAAUCCUAUACCGAUUGCAGAACAUUUUAGGAGGAGCCACCCACCAUGUGAGCACAGUCACGGACAAUGUAUAAGUGAGGAAAAUAACGCAAAGUAAAAUUAAGACGUUAAUAAACGAACUAAAUGCACCCGUCAACUAAAUAAAUAAACAAAUAAUGCGCGCGCUCAAAGUAAAAUUGUACGCGCACACGUACCGAGAUACAACUGAAAUACAACACUAUGCAAUAAAUAAGUAAUGUAAGGAUACAAUGGUGCAAUUCAAGCCUGGAUUGCUAAUCUCAUCUCCCGCAGGGCUGCACCAUACUUCUCGACGAUAAGACCAUGGCGACUGAAGAAUUUAUUAAAUGAUUUCUGAAGUAGAUUGGUUUCAAAGCCUUGCUGUCUGAGUCGUAAUGAAAGUCCACAGAGUCUAUUGAUGAAGUCAACUUUGGACGUGCAAAUUCUAGCAUAUCUCACCAGUUGAGAUAUAUAAACACCAUAAGAUGGAUUGGCGGGAAUGUUGCUGUCCAUAUGAGGAAAGUUGACAAUCCGAAAUGCAAAGUCCUCUCUCUUAUCGUAGAUGCUGAUACGGAAAGGUGUGUUUUCGCCAGUCUUGAUAUUAGUGUCGAGAUAACACACUUCAGUAGAUGAUGUGGAAGUGUCCUUAAGUUCCAAUUCCGACGCGUAAAUUGCGCUGAUGUAAUUUCCAAAGUCCACAUUGUUAGCACUGAAUAAAUCGUCGAUGUACCGAAAUGUGUUGCUGAAUUGGAUGGCCAAUAACAUUUGUAAAUCUAAGGGCUGUUUCCUCAGAGGUCAGGUAAGUUCAAACGGUUUUAACGUUUUCAACGGUCGCAAAGUUGAGCCUUGAAUUUUAUUGGUCCGUUUGCAAAAAACUUGAAUUGAACUAACGAUCGCAGCUUAAAAAUAGUUCUCAAAAACAAUCAAAGAGGAAAAUGCGGCAUCCAAUGACUUUGCUUUUUCUGGCAUAAUUACCCUUAACGGCUAUCUCAUUUCUUUACAGAUCUAACGUGCUCAAACUUAACAUAUUUUACGAGGAACUCAACUAUGAAUUCAUCAGAGAGGAGCGAUCCUAUGUAGUAAGUGCGAUGAUUUGCUAUCGUAAGGCCCGUGGACGUUCUACGAUUCCAAAGUGUCAUGGAUGACCGAAUGGGGGCAAAUGAUUAAAAAACCAAGAUCCAGGGGCGAGGAGCGAGCCCAAAUAAAGAAAGCCGUGAAAAAAGAAAGCUUCAAGUAGAGCAGAAUCAAUUUACGGUGAAACUCUCCCCACACCAAAAAAACCCAACUCAAAUCCAACAAAAGAGUCUAAAACAAGCUAUAAAAUUUCCUCAGUCAUCUCAUCGCAAAAUCGUUACUUUGUACCCAUAAAAAUCCUUUGAUUAUCCCCAUCACGUAAAUCUGAACUCUUCCCCCCCCCCACCACCACCCCACCCACACCCACCCACCCACCCACUCGUCUGCUUCAGGGUCACGUCCCUCAUGAAGUUUCCGUGCCUGGGAAAAGUUUCGACCCUAACUGAUGUCCACUAUACUAGUCUGAGGUUCAAACAUCUUAAUGUACUGUAGGGAGUUCUAAGUAACAACGACGGCGACGGCAAUAAGAUAUUUCAAGAGCCAUAAUGGAUCCUUAUAGUUUCAUAGCUACCACGUGAAAUUUCCUAAUGAGAUGUCCUAUGGGGAAGCAAAUACACGACGACCUAUUUUUUUUUUCUUUUUUUACUUGGGUGAGGCCUAGAUUUGACAUUCUAAGCAGUAAGAAUAAACCUGAUAAAGUUCGAAAAACGCAAAUUCAUUUUAGUAGCAAUAUUUUCACUUCCAUGGCCAAAGUAUUUCACUAAAGGAAAAAAAGCGGCGGCCAAAAUGUAGCAACAUUUAGAGCCAAAUCGUGCCGCGCUAACCCUUACGAGCUUAAGAAACGGUCCAGAUAAGAACGAUAGCAACAACGGCAACGAACAUGUUGGAAUGCAAAAAAGGUGCUAACUUUUCUAUUGUCUGUACUUACUUCUGAUUGGCUUAAACAGCAAAAGUUAACAAAACUUCAUAAAGCGGUACGUAUAUUCAUCCUUACUUUCCAACCAUCUUCCAUAUAACAAAACCGGGUCUCAGUUUGAAUAACAAAGAAUUCCUAUGUGGGGAACAUGUAAAAUUGUAAACUUUUCUUAGCUAUUGUUUUCAACUCUUGUGAUUGGUAAAAAUCUCUUAACACAAAAAACACCCUUUCAAAGUGGAGUGUAAAUGCAUUUUAUUGCGUAAACGGCCUUCAUGUAGGUUUAUGCAUUCUCUAUGUAAAAAUGAGAACAUUCCUAUGUGGGGAAAGCACCGUUGCCGCAUAACAAAAGAAAUUGCUAUCCACCUUACCCCGAUCAUUACUUAUCUCCUUAGCUGCACUUUGUCCGUCGUCUCCUUUAUUUAAUUAUCUCUCAUUUUCAUCCACAGCUUGUUAACUUCGUGUCCGAUCUUGGCGGUUCCCUGGGCCUUUGGAUAGGAAUGUCUGUUUUGUCAUUUGCUGAGGUUUUAGAGUUGCUGUUGCUCAUAGCCUACGCAUUAUUUAGAAAGUUGAGGAGACGACUGGAUGGUAGAAUACAAUCGUCCUCGCAGUCAGUAAGAAAAGCAUUUUAA